GUAUUUAGUCAAAAAAUAUAGAAUGCUUAAAAAAACCUUUUGGCAAACCGGAAAGAAACGCAUACUCCUGCUGUUGUUUCCUGUGACGUCACACUAGCUCCUGAUGCUACACGCGGGAAACGAAUCUGCACAUCUCAGUGAUUAGUGUCAUUCAUCGCCUGGAGCCGACAUGGGGGACACACUGGAGUUCAACGAGAUCUACCAGGAGGUCAAAGGCUCUUGGAAUGACGGACGGCUGCGUUUCAGCAAACAGAACGUGGUUUAUAAGAGCAACAAGACAGGGAAGGUGGACAACAUCGCUGCAGGAGAGCUCAACCUGGCUCAGUGGAGACGGGUGUGUUUGGGUCACGGCAUCAAACUGGGCACCAGCACGGGUCACGUCUACAAGUACGACGGCUUCAGGGACACGGACUUUGAAAAGAUCUCAGAAUUUUUCAAAGCUAACUACAAGGUGGAGCUGACGGAGAAGGACAUGUGUGUGAAAGGCUGGAACUGGGGGACGGCGAAGUUCUCAGGACCUCUGCUUUCAUUUGACAUCAAUGACAAUGCAGCGUUUGAGAUUCCUCUGUCCAACGUGUCCCAGUGUGCCACGGGAAAGAACGAAGUCACGUUGGAGUUUCACCAGAACGACGACACAGAAGUUUCCCUCAUGGAGGUCCGCUUCUACGUCCCGCCCAGCCAAGCCGACGAACGACAGGACCCUGUGGAUGCGUUUGCUCAGAAUGUGUUGUCCAAGGCUGACGUGAUCCAGGCCACUGGUGAUGCUGUGUGCAUCUUCAAGGAGCUGCAGUGUCUCACACCCAGAGGAAGAUACGACAUUCGCAUCUACCCGACGUUCCUUCACCUUCACGGGAAAACGUUUGACUACAAGAUUCCCUACACCACCGUCCUCCGGCUCUUCCUGCUACCACACAAAGAUCAGAGGCAGAUGUUCUUUGUGAUCAGUCUGGAUCCUCCCAUCAAGCAGGGUCAGACUCGCUACCACUUUCUCAUUCUGCUCUUCUCCAAAGAGGAGGACAUCAACCUCACCCUCAACAUGAGCGAGGAGGAUGUGGAGCGCCGUUUUGAGGGCAAACUCAGUAAAAACAUGUCGGGGUCUCUCUAUGAGAUGGUCAGCAGGGUGAUGAAGGCCCUGGUCAACAGGAAAAUUACUGUACCUGGAAACUUCCAAGGUCACUCUGGGGCUCAGUGCAUUACCUGCUCCUACAAGGCCUCCUCCGGCCUCCUUUACCCCCUGGAGCGGGGAUUCAUCUACGUCCACAAGCCCCCCGUCCACCUGCGCUUCGAGGAGAUCUCUUGCGUGAACUUUGCCCGAGGGACCACCACAACGCGCUCCUUUGACUUUGAGAUUGAGACCAAACAAGGGAACCAGUACACCUUCAGCAGCAUCGAGAGAGAGGAGUACGGCAAGCUGUUUGACUUUGUCAAUGCCAAGAAGCUCAACAUCAAGAACAGAGGGUUCAAAGAGGGCAUGAAGGGUAAAAUCGACGAGUACAGCGACUCAGACGAAGACCAGCACGAUGCCUAUCUGGAGAGGAUGAAGGCUGAGGGCAAGAUCAGAGAGGAGGGCAAUGACAGCGACGAGUCGGAUGGAAGUGGAAGCGAUGAGUCCUUCAACCCUGGAGAAGAAGAUGAUGAAAUUGCAGAAGAGUACGAUAGUAACGCCUCUGCAAGUGACAGCAGCGAAGAGGGGGGGGACAGUGAAGAUGAGGGUGCAAAGAAGAAAAAGGCUAAAAAAGCCAAAGUUGUGAAGGAGAAAAAGGAGAGAAAACCACGUAAAGAGAAAAAGCAGAAGGACACCGGUGGGCCGAAGAGGCCGAUGAGCGCCUACAUGCUUUGGCUCAACUCCAGCCGAGAGCGAAUCAAGGCGGAGAACCCCGGCAUCUCCAUCACCGAGAUAUCGAAGAAAGCCGGAGAGAUGUGGAGGCAGCUGGGCAAAGACGAGAAGGAGGAGUGGGAAACAAAGGCAGGAGAGGCAAAAAAGCAGUACGACAAAGCUAAGAAGGAGUUCAAGGAGAGCGGCGGAGGAUCCACCUCCACCUCCAAGAAAGAAAGUAAAAAAUCUGGAGGCAAAAAGGAUGAGAAGAAGAGGAAGUCUGCGGGCGCAGACAAAGAGAGGGAGCGAAGCGGAGGCAACGACAGCUUUAAGAGCCGAGAGUUCAUCGAGACCAGCGAGGACAGUUCCUCUGACUCAGACCGCAAGAGCAAAAGCAAGAGGAAAAAGGAAUCGGAUGAAGAGGAGGAGGAAGCUGUGUCCACACCGGCAAGCUCAGAGCCAGAGUCUGAUUAGAUACACACACACACACACACACACACACACACACACACACACACACACCAAGGACCAACUGUUUAUACUGAUGAUUUCAGAUCAGUCAGCAAACUGGAGUUGUAUGGUUUUAUUCUCCAUGUGGUUACAACAAUAAAACCCUGUGACCACGUUUGGAUCUGUAAUGUGAUAUUUGAGCAGCUCAGAUGCAUGAUGGGAUACCUGCAGCUUAUCACCAGCCAACCCAUGGUUGUGUUGGUUAAACAGCACUGAGGACUGUAGGACUUACUAGUUUUAUCAAGUGGAUGCUCCAGAAGGUUCCAGAUGAAUAUUCCUUCUGUUUAGUGCUCUUCAAAGUGAUAUUUUUGUUUGUUUUGCCUUGUCAUGUUUUCUCAAUCAAAAUAAAAGCUUUUCAGUAA